CCGAUAGUUCUUCGUGUAUUCUGCCUUGCACACAUUAAUGAUCGGUGUAAGCGCACAAGCCCGUCAAAAUGGCGCCAGCAAGCGACGCCGACCUGACUGUCGAUUACUAUGAGCUGCUUGCAAUUCCCCCGACAGCGUCGGAGGCGGAGAUCCGGCGCGCAUACCGAAAGACGUCCCUGCUGUAUCACCCAGACAAAGUCAAACCGACGCCAGAAAACUUGGAAAAGUUCCAGCUCUUACAGACCGCAAUCAAUAUUUUGACGGACGCCACCGAGAAAGCAAAAUAUGACCAAACUCGAGAGGCCAAACAACGGCGUUUGGCCGAAACAGCCGCGCUGGAAAGCCGGAGACGUCAGAUGAAAGAAGACUUGGAGAAACGAGAAGGCGGCUUUGCUGGGGCUACGACUACGGUGAAUGGUAUGAAGAGGGCAUGGAGCGACAGAGAACUCGAGAUCAAGCGUAUCGCGGAAGAGAAUCGUAAGAGAAGAGAAGCAGUUAUGGCACAGCGGACGCAAGAGGCUCAAGCGCGAGCCCAAGCACAAGAGCAACCCUCCGAUUCUAUCGAUCGUUCCGUCAAGGUUCGUUGGAUCAAGGAAGGUGAGGGCCUUGACAUCGACCAGGAGGCUCUUGAAGAAAAUUUCCCAGCAGGCCAUGUCGAAAACGUGCUGAUUCUCAAGGACAAGAAACGUCGUGUGGAAGGCCGAGACAAGAAGGUGAUGCUGGGAACGGCGGUCAUCAUAUUCAAGUCUUUGGCUAUUGCAAAAAAGGUCGUGGCUCAGGGGCCUUGGGAGGGCAUUGAAAGUGUCGAAUGGGCUGCUGAGAAGGAGCCAGAAGGUACUUGAGACCAUGCUUGUGCCCGAUGCUUCUACACAACACACCUAUGCUAUGGUCUAUUCUCACCAUACUAGCAAGUCACACCAAAACCUGCGGCAAGUUUCAGGUUUGCACGCGGUCCUCACCACCUGGAGUCCUGACGUCCUGGAGUCCUGCCUAGGUUUCUCCGCGGCAGGAUAGCAGGAUCCUCAGCGACUAACUCAGCAACCAGGCCUUCAUGCGUCCUGGAUUCAAAGAACUCAGGAAGCCCUAUCCGACUAUCCAGUCAUCGGAAAGUUGCGCUGAUGAUAGCAGGCCCGCAUCCCACCCAGAGCCAUUGAGACAAGCCAUAAGUGCUUUCGACUCCAGAAGAUGACGUGCCGACUUCUUUGCAGAUGAGAAACAUCGCAGAUAUCUUAUGACUUGCCCGGCUAUGUAUAAGUCAGGAACGGAAUGAUGAUGUGCCAUUCCUGAGCCGACUGAUAGCGUGCGGUGAGCAGUGUCCAGAGGUGAGCAGAUCUUGAGUCGCCGUUAAAGAUAAGGACGAGUACCACGUCUGCUCGUUAAGUGUCCCAGCCAAUGGGUCUCUGAGACAGCUGGCAUGCGAUCGGACUUUUCACGACUGUAAUGAUCCAUUAUACCCCCCUCUAGCGCAGAAUAGAUGUGAUCUGUAUAUCAAUCGACUUCAUCGUAUUCGUCUUCUUCCUG